CGGUAUGAUUUUAUUUAGAAUGAUAUUAAAUUUAUAGACUCCAUUUGAGGAGAAUAACACCAUCAAUGUUGUCUUCUUAUUCAGUAAAAUGGUCUGGCUGUCUUGUGUUAGUUAAGUUCCAUUAAAGAAGCAGAAGUACUUUUCCUGCCAAAGAGUGUGGGGUUUAUAGAGGGAUUAGACAUUCUAUAAUUGCGGGGGCUGAGAAAGCACUCUGGGCAGACUCCUGCCUCUGAGUCCGUAGUUGAACCUGAAGCAGUUUUAAGUCAGGUAGACAGACACAGUCGAGAAGGGAAAGUGGAUGUGGAGAAGAGCAAGGACCAAGUGGAAUCUGCACUGGCUUCUCACCAACUCCAGUUUUGAUGCUGGGGGUGAUCUACAGGAGAGGCUAGCACUCUUGACCCUGGGAUUGCACAUGCAGACCCAGGAUUUGGAGAAGCUGAAGGAGCUGCAGGCCAGCCCGCUUCCCGUGCCAACAAGGGUGACUGGGAAUGUAAACAAGAAUAAGCUGUUUCCUGAUGGCUUUUAGUAUAUACUGACAUACUAUCUGUGAUGGCGUCUGAGGCUGAGAAGACCCAUGCUUUACUCCAGUCUUGUAGCACUGAGUCUCUUAUUUCCAGCCUUGGUCUGGGGAUGUUCUGCCUAGUAGCCGACAGACUUCUUCAGUUUUCCAUAAUUCAGCAAAAUGACUGGCUUCGAGCCCUUUCGGAUAACGCCAUACAUUGUGUGAUUGGCAUGUGGUUGUGGGCAAUAGUCAUUGGCGUCAAGAAGAUGACUGACUUUGGAGAAAUCAUGUUAGCUGGAUUUUUAGCCUCUGUUAUUGAUGUAGACCACUUUUUUCUAGCUGGAUCUUUAUCUUUAAAGGCUGCUUUGACUCUCCCACGAAGACCUUUUCUUCACUGCUCUACUGUCAUUCCAGUUGUGGUUCUGACCCUGAGGUUUACUAUGCACCUUUUCAAGCUCAAGGACUCAUGGUGCUUUCUUCCCUGGAUGUUAUUUAUAUCCUGGACUUCACAUCAUAUCCGAGAUGGAAUUCGUCACGGCCUGUGGAUAUGCCCAUUUGGAAAAACCUCUCCUUUGCCAUUCUGGCUUUAUGUUGUCAUCACCUCCUCUUUACCUCACAUCUGUUCAUUCAUUAUGUAUUUCACAGGGACCAGACAAAUGAUGUCUUCAAAACAUGGGAUCCAUAUCGAUGUCUGAGCUAACCGUAUGCCAGGCUUCAAGAAGCAGAUGGUUCUGAUAAUGACAAUUAAGGGUAGCUAACAUUAUCAAGUGAAUUUUUAACAAUAUAUUAUAUUAAUUAUUAUAAUUCCCGAAUCCUCUUGCUCAGGAGGCAUGUACACUUUUUUAAAAAUUAUAUUAAAUUAUAUAUUUGCUGUAAUUCUACUUCUCUCUUCUCUAACACUCUAGUACAAUAUGAGAGUUUGAUUUAUCCCAUGAGAGAUUUUGUUUGUUUCUUCUGUUUACCUGGCUCUACUAAUAGAUCCUAGUAGAUUCAGAUCCUGUUAAGUUUUUGGUAUGCGUUUGAGGCAGUCCCUUUCAGGAUGAAAAACAGAUCAAAUCAUAGGGUGACUAAUUUGCAAAAAGUCACAUUUGUAGCCACAUUUUCCUGAGAUACUGCAACAGUGCAACAGCCAACAUAAAUGAGAUCAUGCAUAAGAUGUAGAGUGAACACUCCCAUUUCUGUAUUUCAUGUAUAUUGGUCCUGAUUAUGGUGUGAUUGGCCAGAUACUUCAGCGUGUUGUGAUUACUGCAGAAUCCUUUUCCGUACCCUUGUGAGAAAUCAUUAUAAUAUCCAUACGAGAUAGUAACUAACCAUAGAUCUAGAUUAUUGUUUCAGGAAUCACUUUAGGAAAUAAUUAUUGUAAUAUGUUGACUGUAGUAACAUCCUGCUCAAGUAUUAUUUUUUUAGUAUCUUUGUCCAAAAAUCUCAUGUGUUAGUUUUAACUGUUCUGAAAAAGUAACUAAAUUUGACAAAAUAUUUGUUAAAAGUUAACAAAAUACUGAUACUUGGCUUAUAACCAUGUAAUUUGAACUGACACAAAAAAGGACUUAACCAGUUUCUUCAAAUGUAAAAUCCUGAAUGUGCCAUUAAAAUUGUUUUAGUUGCUGCCAGUUUGUUUACACACUAUUUUAAAGUGUAUCAGUUAAAUAAUUUUUAAAAUACCUGCCUGAUACUGAGAAACAAAACAUAGGUUUUUCAAAAUGAAGGAUUUUUAGGAAAUUUGCUUUUGCCUUCAUUCUUGCAGGUUGAUCUCUUAAAAAUGAUUAACCUUUAUUAGAGAAAGAAAAUUUAGUUGCUGUAAAAUUUUACAUUUUCAGUUUAAUAUUCCUUUGAUAUAAAAGUCAGUGUCCUAACAGCACUUGCUUUUUUUUUUUUUCAGUAUCCUAUGUACCAUUUGCUGUCUUUAGAUUUUCUUACACAUUUGUGAUUUGUAAUGCUAGUGAUUGUGUGCCUUAUUCUCCGAGAAAUGCUGAAGCAAUGCCUUAUCCAAAGCAUAUUUUUCUUAUUUAUUAAGUUAAACAGAGCUCUGUAAAUUGUUGUAAAGGUUCACAUUCUUUACUUUUUCUUUUUGUUGUUAACCAGUUAGUUGCAAUCAAUUAUGUUUUAGAAUCUAUUAGAUUCUAAAUCUGUUAUCUUUCAUGAGCAAUGAUUGUAUCAGUUUGUUUGGUAUAAUGAAUAUUAUAUAGUGGGGGUAAAUUUGAAUAAGGUAGAGAUUUUUUAAGUAUAUAAUUUCAGAAAUCCAUGGAAAUAAAGCAUAUAUCUUGUAUCACCUUUUCUAAGUUAUAAAACUCUACUUUUGUCUUUCUCCGUAUCAAACCAGGGAAUACCAUUAAAAUAUAGGGCCUUAUUUAAGAGUGUCACUCUGGCAUUUUGGGGACUGUCCUCUAACUUUUUGUACUAGAUGGGAAUUCACUUUGCCCAUGACUCCUUGCUCAAAACAAUAACUACAGAUUUUAAGUGUGGAUUUAUCCUUGUUCCUUCCUCUACCGUCAGAAAUGCUCCUUGUCCUCUAAAUGGUCUAUAAUAGCUGUGGUUGUAUCCUCUAGAAAUAGAACAGCCAAUUUCC